CCACUGAUUGGCUGCUUUGGAUGCCAGUCGCUAUACCACCCACCGCUAAUUGGCCUUAUGACCGCCGCUCUGCGCGGCGUCGACUCCGCCCCCGUCGGGUAUUUGUGGUGGGGCUGCGGAGUUGCCGAUCCCGCCGGAAGCGCCAGGACAAUGGGGACCCGGGACGACGAAUAUGACUACCUAUUCAAAGUGGUGCUCAUCGGGGACUCAGGCGUGGGCAAGAGCAACCUGCUGUCGCGCUUUACCCGCAAUGAGUUCAACUUGGAGAGCAAGAGCACCAUUGGAGUUGAGUUCGCCACCCGCAGCAUCCAGGUGGACGGCAAGACCAUCAAGGCACAGAUCUGGGACACAGCCGGCCAGGAGCGCUACCGCGCCAUUACCUCUGCGUACUAUCGUGGUGCUGUGGGUGCCCUGCUGGUGUAUGACAUCGCCAAACACCUGACCUAUGAGAACGUGGAGCGCUGGCUGAAGGAGCUUCGGGACCAUGCUGACAGCAACAUCGUCAUCAUGCUGGUGGGCAACAAGAGUGACCUGCGCCACCUGCGAGCUGUGCCUACUGACGAGGCCCGCGCCUUUGCAGAAAAGAACAACUUGUCCUUCAUUGAGACUUCAGCUUUGGAUUCCACCAACGUAGAAGAAGCAUUCAAGAACAUCCUCACAGAGAUCUACAGAAUUGUGUCCCAAAAGCAGAUUGCCGACCGUGCAGCCCACGACGAGUCCCCUGGCAACAACGUGGUGGACAUCAGCGUGCCACCUACCACCGACGGACAGAAACCCAACAAGCUGCAGUGUUGCCAGAACCUGUGACCACCCCAGCCUCCGCCCAGCGUGCGUGCACGUCCUCGGCCUGCCCCCACCACGGUGUCCUCCCAGCCCCUCCCCAUUGUCCCUCUGACCAGCUUGCUCCUGCCCUUUCAGUGAGCGCCACACAGCCGGCUGGGGCCCAGGAAGGGCAGGAAUCAAUGGCACCUCCUAUCCUGCGCAGGGAAGCUAGAAGCCCUGGCUUGCUGUGCCCACUCAACUCGGGUCCCGGCAGUUAUCUUGCCGGUCUGGGAGGGCAGCGAGAUGGACAAGCCCAGUUAGAGGCAAGGAGGGCGGGCAGAUGGGACCAGCUUCUUCUGUUUUCCUCGGCAGACUCCAAGGAACGAUUGCCUUCCUCCCUCUCUGGCUAGCUGGCCUCAUUGGCCAGCCAUCCCUACCCAGAAUCUCGCUUGGAGCUGAAACCAGAAGAGCCAGGCAGCUGGGGCCAGCGCAGGUGGACUCUCUUAGCUCUUAGCUACUGGCUGCCAGCUCCUCUGCGCACAGCUAGCACGCAGGCCUCCCACCUCUGUGCGUGCAACCCCAGCCCCGCCUGUAGAUUGUAGCUGGGAGAAGCCAAUCCCUGUCUUGCUCUCCUCUUGCACGCAGCGCCCCUUCAGCCCUGUCCGCCCCCUACUCCUCUGUCUUGUCUCCCCGUCUGGUCUGGAGCCUGUUUGCAAGUGAAGCAAUAUCUCCGUGUUUUGUAUAUACAACUGCUCUUGUAGCCUUUGGUUUUGUUAUUGUAGAGAAACACAGAUUCUUUAUACACUUUGUAAGAUUUACGCCAAACCUUAGCUCUUGAUCUCUUAUUCUCCCUGUAGCCCCUGCACUGUUUUGCCCCAUGCCUCAUUUCUCUGGCCCACUACUAAAAUGUAUAAUCCAACUUCCUGUACAGAAAACUG